UUCUAGUUUUAAAUUAGUUUCAUUGACUACAAUUUCUGUGACAGCAACUUUAAGGUUUCCAAGGGUCUUGAGUUGUAUAUAUGAUUGUUUGUAAUUGAAAACCUUGUUUAAGAAGUGAGAAAAAUGGUAUUCUCUACAGCAUAUGGGAGAGGUGAUGAACUUAGUUGGGGAAGCAUCAAAGGGUUUUCACUCCAACUUCUUACAGGGAGGUGGUUCAUGAUGUUUUCAUCAUUUAUGUUGAUGUCAGUGUCAGGAGCAAGCUACAUGUUUAGCCUAUUCUCACAAGAUAUCAAGUUAGUUCUUGGUUAUGAUCAAUCCACUCUCAAUCUAUUAAGCUUCUUCCAGGAUUUGGGAGCCAACAUAGGCAUUCAUGCGGGCCUAAUCUAUGAGGUCACACCACCUUGGUUUAUCUUAACAAUUGGUGGGAUUCUCAACUUUGCUGGGUAUUUUAUGAUUUGGCUUGUUGUCACCAGCAAAAUUGCAAAGCCCCAUGUGUGGCAUAUGUGCUUCUACCUUUUCAUUGGAGCCAAUUCUCAUUGUGCAACUAACACUGGAGCUCUUGUGACCAGUGUAAAGAACUUCCCUAUCAGCAGAGGAGUAGUCUUAGGCCUUUUGACUGGGUAUACAGGUUUAAGUGCAGUAAUAAUUACUCAGCUAUACUAUGCCUUGUAUGGAGAUGACUCCAAAUUCCUCAUUUUUCUCAUGGCAUGGCUACCAAUUGCUGCAGUUUUUCUGUUUCUUCCAGUUAUCAGAAUCCACAAGAGUGUUCAACAGCCAAAUGACACCAAAGUUUUAUACAGGUUCCUCUAUCUGACAUUAGUCCUUGCAGGGUUCCUCAUGUUUGUAACUUUAGUACAACAAUUUUUCACUUUCUCUCAGUUUGAGUAUCAGAUUACUACCACUUUGAUGCUUCUUCUGCUCAUCCUUCCACUUUCUGUUGUUAUUUUGGAAGAACACAAGAUUUGGAAGAGUAAGCUUGAAAACAUCAAUAGGGAAGAUAGUCAGAAGCUCCUGGAAAACUAUCCAAACAUAGCUACAGAAAAUCUUUAUCAAGAGAAGUCUUCCCAGGCUCCCCAAGCAGAAAUCUCCUUUUGGGAAAACAUAUUCAACCCCCCAGCAAGAGGUGAAGAUCAUACAAUACUUCAAGCCACAUUUAGCCUUGACAUGGUGCUUCUCUUAUUAACUACUAUAUGUUCACUUGGUAGCAACGUUACAAUGAUAAACAACUUGAGUCAAAUUGGAAUUUCAUUAGGAUAUCCUUCUCAUACCAUAACCACAUUUGUCUCUCUUACAUCCAUUUGGAUCUAUUUAGGUAAGGUGGUUCAAGGGGUUGUCUCAGAGUUUAUCAUACUCAAAUAUGGAGUCCCUAGGCCUCUCUUGCUCACAUCAUUGCUUUUGUUAUCUUGUGUAGGUCAUCUUUUAGUUGCCUUCAAUGUCCCAAAUGGUCUCUAUGUAGCCUCAAUUGUUAUUGGGUUCUGCUAUGGGGCUAAUUGGCCAUUAAUGUAUUCUGUUAUAUCUGAACUUUUUGGCCUCAAACAUUAUUCAACACUGUACAAUUUAGGGUCACUGGUAGGUCCAAUUGGGUCAUACUUGCUCAGUGUGAGGGUUGUAGGGUAUCUGUAUGACAGGGAAGCCAUGAGGCAAAUGGAAGCUAUGGGGAAAAAGACAAGUCCAGGGGAGGAGCUGAACUGCAAUGGGGAGGAGUGCUUCAAGUUAGCAUUCAUUAUAAUCACUGCAGUUAGCUUGUUUGGGGCACUUCUGUCACUCAUUUUGGUCUUUAGGACCAAACGAUUCUACAGAAGUGACCUAUACAAGAAAUACAAAGAAGCUAAAACUGAUGAAACUGAAGCAGGUAUGAUACAACAUGAUUGAAUCAGCAGCUACAAAUGAAAGUGACUUUGGCAAGGAAAUUGUCAAAGCAAUUUGAGAAUCGUACACAAUAUAAUUGUUUAUUGCAAGUUUUGUGUUGUAUUUCAUAAAGCAAAAGUUUUUCUCAGAAUUUAUAUAACAGCAUGUCAGGUUCUUCUGAAGAAAAUACACUCAAAACCUUAAAAACAGCAGGUAGGUGGGUAUUGUUACUUACGUUAAAUUCGUGCUUUUUAA